UUUGAUCAACUUUGAUGACUGAUGUAACAGUGCACAGUGAGUAUAGCGGUAUAUUCAUGCAUGAUGCACUUUAUUCAAGUAAUCCAUCUUAUUACGACAGGACAUGCGAACAUCUAUAAUACUAAGUGCAAUAUAAUUACAAAAUGUUUCUCAAACGUUGUCAGUGAUGUGAAUGUUCAUGCAAUGGUGUCUUAAAGUUCUCAUUUGAAACACGCAGUUGUUCGGACUUAUAAUUAACAUAUAUCAACAAUGACUGGACCUACUUUACCCGAAAGGGUAGCCCAAAUAUAUUAUACAUAUGGGCUCUUUUGCUCAUCAUAUCCAAUAACAGCGAUAACAUUGGCGCUUUCUAUUGUUUUGCUAUGCUGCUAUCCUCUGCUUAAUGUACCUCUACCCGGUAAUAUACCUACAGUUGUAAAUGUGCCUUUUAGUGUAAAUGAUAAACAUUUAGCAAAUUCAGAGUGUUCGACCAAACCAUGUUUGCAUUCAAAAAACUUUGUGCAGUUGGAAUAUUUAUACAAUGAAACACAAAAACUUCCAUAUGUGUGGGUUAAAGACAAGCCACUUCUCUAUAUUCAUCAAAUUAUAAUGAGGAUAGGUGUGUCACCAUGGAACAAUAACUUGAAAAUGUGGGAUGCAUUUCGGGCUCCAUUACAAGAAGUGUUCAGGUUGCUUGAAGCUGUGAGAAACCAUGAAAAUCCUGAAACAAAAGAGACACUUUUGCAGCAUUGUUAUCAAAUAGAAGCUAUAAAAAAGUCAAAUAGUAAAGCGAGUGUGGACCGAGUACUUCCAGAAUAUAGUUGCCUGUUAUUGUCACCAGCUAACCUCUGGCAGCAAAACCUGCAGUCUUUCUCCCUUGAUGCAAAUAUUGUCAAUACAAUCCACAAUUAUCAGAAUAUUCUAAAAGGCAAGGCUUCUAUCGCAGAAAUGGCAUUCGGUAUGCAUAUCCGAGAUACUGGUAUAAAGCGAUACCCGCUGCGGGCUCGGCCUCGUGUUCUACAAUAUGCCGUUACAAUAUUUUAUGAAAAUGCAGAUCAAAGAUUCAUUAAUACUCUUACGAGUAAGUUGAAAGAUAUGUAUCCGUUAUAUCAAGAAACACUGAACACAAACGCGCAAGAAGUCACUUUGAUUUAUUAUCCAGGACAGUUUAACUAUCACGAAUUAGUUCCGUUACUCAUAUCACUCGUUGGAAUAUUUCUCUACGUUUAUUUUUCUGUUAGAAAAAUAGAAUUCAUAAAAUCUAAAUUAGGCUUAGCGGCGUGUUCCGUAGUAACAAUUGCCGGCAGUUUAUCAAUGUCUAUGGGAAUAUGCUUCUAUUUCGGUUUCUCCCUAAGCCUUCAAGGAAAAGAAAUUUUUCCCUAUCUAGUCAUAAUCGUUGGCCUCGAGAAUAUUUUGGUACUGACAAAGAGCGUGACGUCGACGGACUCAAGAUUAGACGUUAAAAUUCGUUUGGCUCAAGGUCUCAGCAAGGAGGGAUGGUCGAUCACAAAAAACUUACUCACAGAAAUAACAAUUUUAACCGUGAGCUUGUUCACGUUCGUGCCCUUCAUUCAAGAGUUUUCGAUUUAUAUGAUCGUGAGUCUCAUCUCGGAUUAUUUCGUGCAAAUGAUGUUUUUCGCUCCUAUACUCGGUAUAGAUGUGAGUCGAAUGGAAUAUUUGCCAGAGCAGAAUAAUAAGUUACACUUGAAAGAAUAUUUUAGUUCGAGUUACGCUUUGAACUGGAGAUAUAGUAAUGGCUACGACGAUCAUAGCUUGUCUCCUCAAAGAAUGACUAAGUCGAAGUCGCAUCCAAGAUUAAACGGUUUGGCCCAAAAUAGUCCCACAGAUGUAGUUGCGAAAAGGAAUUCUAGUCCCGGAACGCCGGACAAUCGUGUCCCAAAGCGGAUUCGUUUAGUCAAUAUGUGGGCAAGAACGAGAUUUUUCCAAAGAGCCUUCAUGGUGUGGAUGCUCGUUUGGAUAUCAAUGAUUGUUUAUAAUUCUGGGAUCGUAGAGUACUUCAUAACAAAUGUUGAUAAAGACUCAUCUACAGAGAGAAACAAAAGCGCUGACAAUGUAACACCUAGAACGACUCUGUAUAUGAAUUAUAACAAUAGUGGACGGCAUCCAUUGGUAUUUUCGCCUCUGCUUGAUGUCGUUGAGGGUGAGAAGGUGGCAGUCGACGAAAAUGAUACUAUUUAUUUGAAACAUUCCUCACAUUCUCGUCCCUGGACUAGGUUGACUCCCUACCACUGGUCGGCCAUCCUGUCCCAAUACAACGAGACCCUGGCGGGUAAGUACGUGGUGGUGUUGCCACCUCUGCUGGUGAGUCAUCGGGUGAGUCCAGAAGUGGCGGCCGGUGUGCGGCAUCCGGACGAGCGCGACCCGCCGCCGCUGCGCUGGCAGGCCUUGGCCGCCGCUCUAGACCCUAUUGAUAUAUUACCCGAAUUUGACUUGAUCGAGAGCAAAGGGCAGCAGCAAUGGGGUAAGGGGUCUGAAAUACCAAUCUAUCCGACGACACCUAUGGAAAUUUUACUAUUGACGAUACUCUGUUCAAUUAGUAUAGCUGUGAUCGCUUAUAUGAUGGUAGUAUUAUAUAGGUGCAUUUGCUCCCGACACUACGCAGAAUGGCGCGCCUCUUGGAACGAAGAUGACGAGUACAGAAAAAUUAUAGCGAAGCAACCUGCAGUACAAUUGGUCAUGGAAGCAGUUCCCCUAGUAGUUGCUGGUCACAGUCAAGAGGUAGAAUGUCUAGUCACAGAUGGGGAAAAAAUUGUAAGCUCAUGUCUACAGGGAAACAUUAAAGUUUGGGAUUCGCUCAAUGGUGAAAUCAUUACCAACAUCGAUCGUAGUGCCUAUUUCAAAUUAGAAAUGGAAAUGUGCGAUAAAGCAAAUAACAAGAGGAAUAUGGAAGAUUCUGAUUUCCAUCCUGUAAUUCAAGAGUCACAUGACUUAGAUAUUAUACAAAGGCCUGAGGUGCGUUUACGAAGGGGUGUUUUGAAUAAUCACCUGAGUCGAUUGCAAUUUCAAACGAGUAAACGAAAUCCGUCUUUGUGUCUCCCAGUUGCUGAAAAUACCAAAUAUAACUUUGCUAAGACAUUUAGAGAUCUGUACUUAUCUGACGAGCACGACAUGUAUGAAACGAAAGAAAAUAUGGACAUUAAUAAGUAUAGUGCAAAUAGAGAGUUCUGUGGUAAUCAUGUUAACGAGAAAAUAAUUGAUGAAAGUACUUAUGUGAAUAGUGAUAAAGUGUUAAAGAAUACCCAUGAGGUGUUGAGCAAAAGUGAUCGUGGAGAUGCAGCGACCAAUUCGAACUGGAGGGCGAAACCUAUGAGGGAAACCCCGGUGUGGUGUAUGGACUAUUGCAAUGAUCUUAUCAUAUUGGGCUGUGCAGACGGAAGGUUGGAGUUUUGGGAGGCGACAUCUGGUAAAUUGAAGUGUGUAUGGUGGUGUAUGGAGAAACGGCCGAGCGGCACUGGUGUGACGCACGUGAAAGUGUUGGGCGGGGGGCGGCGGAUAUGCGUCGCGCUGCUCACCGGCCACGUGACGCUGUACCGACUGGACGCGUACAACGCGGCGUCCGGCGCGCACGUCGACUGGCGGUUUAGCACUGCGCAUCGACGGACGCACAAGAGGACAGGUUCAGCUGAUUCACUAAGGUGUGGCAUGGAAGAUCAAAUGGCUCGGAGCAGAAUGAGCUUUUCGUAUGAAGCUGAAAAUAGUGAUGGUGAAGAAGUGGUAUGCGUUCGCGUCGCACACUGCCGGCCGCAUCAGCAACCAAUCAAUGAGCUGCAAUCUGAAGGAGGUCGUAUACUCACUGGUGGACAAGACCAUGUGCUUAAAGUAUUUUCAAGUCCGGAUCUAACGCAGCUAUUCACGCUUCACGGACAUUGCGGGCCAAUAACGAGUUGUUUCAUAGAUCACGCAAAUCCCACUAUAGCGGGCAGUGGUUCACAAGAUGGUUUACUGUGUGUAUGGGAUUUACAUACGGGUGCGUGUCUAUAUAGCAUGCAGGCGCACGAUGGCGCAGUGACGUCACUAACGUAUACGGCCUCGUACGUGGUGUCUGCAGGCGCGGACGAACGGCUCUGCAUAUGGGACAGAUUUCAGGGACAUAUGCUUAAUUCUAUACACAUUGGUUUAAACUACAUGAGUCGUAUGCUACCUUUGACUCAUACUCUCUUAGUGAUGGGCGAUAGAAGUGGACUAACAGCUUACGAUUUAAGUAGUGGAGAUGUCAUACGAAGGGUUUUGUUUGGUCAAAGCGACGGCUGCAUAUUCGUGCGACAAAUACUCCCGCUAAAAGACGCGAUAGUCUGUGACUACGCGAACCAAUUGCGUAUCGUGCGAUUCCCGCUUGUUUCCAGGUUUGAUAUGAAAAAUGAAUAGCUAUCGGAACUUGGUGAUAUAUAUGGUUAUAGCGUGAUUGCUACGAAUACUAUACGAAUACUAUGCGAAAUUAUUUCUCGGAUUUGUUGAGCUCAAAUCUCCAUGUGUGCACUGACGUGCUGCCAUUGAUACUAAGUAUUGAUGAAACAAUGACCCUAACUAUUUUUUUAUUCUAUGAGAAUGUAUCCAACAUCCUUCACCCAUAAUUGUGAAUGAUUAAUGUUUUAUAGAGAUACGUACACCUAACAUAUAGUGAGACAUGUAACAAUGCUUAAUAUAAGUAUCAUUUUUAAGUCUUCAAAUAUAAAAUAAAACUGUUUUCCAUUAGUUUUAUCAGACUAGCAAUAAACGAUUUUUCCAAACUCCAAAGAGAGCUAAACUAAACAUCAACUCUACAGUUUAUUAAGUGUAAGUCAAUAUUAUUUAUUGAAAUGAAAAAUGAAUUUAAUUAUAUCAAUUUGAAUUGAUUUACAAUGAAUAUAUAACGUAACUCUCGCCAUGUUUUUACAUACUAUUAUUGUAUAGCUUCUCGAAUAUUCUCAACACAAAUAGAUAGUUAUUGCUGAUCAACAUUCUAACGUAAAAUGUUUAGAUAUGGAAUUUACAGCAUACCUUUUUUCAUUUCCAUAAACGCAUUACGCACAUAAUUGAUUAUUAUGGAAUAGUUAAAUAAAUUGUGUCCUAAAACAACCUUCGGUGUUAUAUUGCACGAUUGAUAGAGAGUAAUAGCUCUGCUAUCAUAUCCUAUUUGUUACUUUAAAAACCCCUUUCUUCCAAUUUCCGAAUUUAUAUAAUUCUUUACAAAUGAGCCCUAUGUAUCGUCUGGAAGUUAAACUUUCAGGAAUUCUUUGUAAUUUUGUUUUGAAUGUCGUCACACGAUUGAAAUACUCUUUUUAAAUUGUAUGAAUGUAAAACUGGCCCUAUUUUUGAACUAUUUGUUUUGUUUAUUAAAUGAACACUAUUUGUCCACCUGGCAUGAUUAUCAAUGAUGUCAUUUUAAUAUGGGUAAUAAAGUGGUUUGUUGUUGAACGCGUUAAUCUCAGGAGGUACUGGGUCGAGUUGAAAAGAAAUAUAUUUAUGUUGAUAGUCCACUUAUCGAGGAUUGUUAAAGGCUAAUAAUAUAGUGCUGCGACAAAUAGCAGCGGAGCAAUGAAAAGUGCGAGUGAAGCUGCAAGGCACAGCUAGCUUAUUAUAAAAAUUGUUAUAGAGUUUAUUAUUAAAAUCAUUUUUCUAUCUUUUGCCUAUUAUUUAAAUAAGAAUGUCAAGUUAAACGUUUAUGAUGUUUUCUUUAUUUAUUGAACAACAUUUUAGUUGUAAAUUAUGCUACUGCUAUAAUUGCUUAAGUUGUACUAAUUUAUUAGAAAUGUUGAAAUCAAAAUUUAGAUAUGUGUUUCUAUAUAGUGAGUAUAUGAGUUAUGUAAGUUAUUAAUUAUAUUAUAAAUUAUUAUAAUUAUAUUAAUUAAUUAUAAUUAUAUUAUUUACUACAAAGCGAACAAUAAUUUUAUAUUCUCGAAGCAUAAAUGGGGUAAUAAAGCUUAAAAAUUUAAUUAUCAUCUCAUCUAUGCUAUGAGCAAAAUAACUUUUGUAUACCUAAAUACAUGUGAAUUCGAUAUAACUGAUUUUGAUCUGAGUGUAAAAUGACAGACAUAAGCGUAAGUUUCAUAUCGUGUAUAUUUACUAUUUUUCGUGAUAAAUAUUUUUAUAUUUAUUUAUCGGACCUUUCAAAAUGGUAUGAGGUAUUUGACUGUGUGAAUAUACAGUUGCAAUUGCUUGUAUAAGAUGUUUUAUAAUACAAUAAAGGACAAUACUUCAUUGUGUACGUUGGGACAUUAUUUUGUGCCCUGAACCAAUGAAUUAAAUGUAAAAAAUCGAGAGCGAUAGAAAGAAGUUUUGAAAGUAUGACUAUGUUCUUAAUUAAUAUCAAAUACUAUCACGUUUUUGUAUAACAUAAAUGUGUGAUAAUGUGAAAACCGAUUUAUUUUUUUAUGCCUAUAUAUCUGUUAAAUAUUUAUGAAUGUGUUUCGGAAACAUCUCAUUUAACUACCAAUAUGAGCGGAGCCUGAGCCCAGUUAGAGCAAAGAUAAAGGUAAUCUUUUUUCAAAAUAUUUUCAUUCAAAAAUCACCAAGACCUAAAUUGUAUUUGCGACAUCACAAUUUUGUAUAUAAAAAAUACGUUUUAUGUUUUUGUGCAUUAAUUAGGCGUUUAUUAAUAUAAAAAAAGUAAAGGACGGUGCCAUUAAUUAAAAUACUGGUUAUUUUAUUUAACAAUCGUACUUAAUUGGUUAUUAGUACUAUUGCGUGUAUGUCGUGUUUUGGUAAUAAGAAUGAUUGUAGGCAUGUUAAUUGACUAUCUUAUUAUAUGAAUGCAAUAAAAUUUUGACUGUAAAUUAACUAUGUAUAUCCGAUAAGUUAUCCUCUCUUCCUUUCCUCAAUCCGUCCCUCUUCCUCAUCGUAUUUGACAUGUUUAAAAUUGUUAAGCAACAUGGGAUAUCCAUUUAUGGUGCAUACACACAUUCGAGUUCGCUAAUCGCCUCGGGAUUCGACAAAACAUUCGUAUAAGAGUGUCGAAGCCCACCACCAUUCAUGCAUUCGUCUUCCUUUUCCCCUUAAAACACAUAAUCGCUCCGCUAAUCACCCCGCUAUUCGCGGAAUUGUGUAAAUGCACCAUUAGAUAUUACAUUUGCUAUGUUAAUAACUCAUCUUUAUUAUAAAACUCAUUAGAAAUAAUUAAAUCAACACGAUCUCAAUAACAGUUUGAAAUUAAAAAUCCAUUUUUUGCUCGCCUGUUAAAACUGUCAUCUGUUUUGUAGUGUUGCUUGCAGGGCCAGCUUUAGUGUUGUAUGCAUUUUUAGUUAAUCCUUUUUUAGUUUUGUUACAUAGUUGUAAUAUUUUAUUUAAUGCUUUGUUUUAACAUAGUGGGUUGUUCUUAUUUAUGUAACGUUCUAAAGUACGGUAUCUUAGGUAGAUAAUAAUUAAUAUUUCUAGAAGACAUUAAUUUUUAUACAAAUGUAAUCAUUAAUUUUGGGAUUUCUUAGUUUGUAAAAUCUUAUUUAUUCACACAUAUUCCUGCUUUCACUACGUAUUGUAAUAAUUCAUUAUAAAUGAAAUAUUUUUAAUAAAUGUUUUGUUAUAA